AGGAUCCUAUACAACCUUGUAGAUUAAUUAUCAAACUUCAAGAUGUCUCAAGAUAUCGAUAAAUCGGAGGAAAUUUUCAGAAGUAUAGAUGCUGGUAUAAUUCAAAAAUCACUGAAAGGGAAUCAUGUCAAAGUACAUGUUGCUAACCUUAUUUCUCCAGACAAUGAUCACUGCAUAAGAUUGCUAAAUGAAAAGCAUGUGAAUGAACUUGUUGAGUCAUUUGCAAAAAACUUCCAGCCUUAUACUACAUUGGUUGGACUUAUAAGCGAGGAUUUCACAAUUGAAGACCUUGCAAUACCAGGAAAAAAGCAAAUAGAGGUUCUUGGUGGAAAUCAUACAAGAGCAGCCUUACAGAAAAUUGUGAAUUCUGCUGAAAGUACUCAUAAGGAUCAAUAUGAGUUUAUUUAUAUGGAUGUUUAUCAAAACUUGACGAAGGAUCAGGCUCUUUUUCUAGCAUACAAACAUAAUGAGCUCCAUGAACACUCCCAAGAGUUAAGCUUUGCAGAAAAAGUUUGCUUUUUUCACAGACUGCUUCUUAAAUGUCAAAGGAACAAUGCCGGACAACCUCCAAAAACUAUAUCAGCUAAAUGGAGAUCUGACAUUGCUGCAAUUAUGAACAAAUCCAAGACUGAACUCAAAAACUCAUAUAAAGUCCAUCUUAACUUGGCAGCCAGCAAAAAUGACAUUUGGGAACUCAUAAAAGAUGUCUUUAAUGCUUUUGAAAAUGGUUGCAUUAAAGGCCAGAAAAGAGCAGAGCAGUGUUCUCAGUAUUGUUUUUGGCAUUUUUCUAAAGUCAAAAACAAUGAAUUGAAAAUCUCUUUGCUAACCAGAUUCAAAAAUGGAGAAAUGAUACCAGAGGAGUUUCGAAGUGCUUGUCAGAGAUGUGAAACAGAAAACUGUGAAAAGAAAUGUGAACGGGAGCCGCCUACGAACAAGCAAACACAAUCCAAAAAGAGAAAAGCUGUUGAUGUCAUGACAGCAAACCAGGAUGAAUGCCAAGGGCCAAAGAAAACAAGUGGGAAGAAAGUGGUUCAGACAGAGAAUGAAAAUUUACUCGAUGAGAAAGAAAAAGAAAUUAAAAAUCUUCAGCAGACAAUAGCAACAUUAACAGAAAAACUUAAACAUGCUGAACAGUCAGUCGAACAGCAGGAUCGCUGUCUCAAAGAGAAGGACAGUAAGAUUAUUGCCAUGAAGAAGCACUUAAUUGCUGUAUUAACUAAAGCUGAGCAGCAGAAAGUGACGGAGGUCAACUUACAGAAGAUGAUAACUGACUUAGAAGAAAAAUUAAAAGAUGAAAUCCAAAAUAAACAGCAUGCUGAGGAUGCAGCUGCACGUGCCCGACAGAAUCUUAAAAUGAUGUCUUCUGGUCAUCAAAAAUGCUUAGAGAAAAAGAAAAGUUCUGUGUCUGAAGAAGUAUCCUCAAAAUGUUCAACUGCUGAAAAAAAGAUAAACAAGGCAACCAAGGAUAAUUCAGAUUUAGAAGUGGUUCUUGUAGAGUACACAAAAGGAAAAAUUUAUUACGCAUUAAGGGAUAAAUCUUUCCUGACAUACUGCCACAAACAUAUUGGCGUAAUUCAAGAUGGACAAUUUUUACACCGUCCGCAAAAGCUUUCCUUCAAAAUAAACGAAAAAGACCAGCAAACUUAUGAAGAAGCAUUCAUAAUAUUAUCAAUGAAAGGAGAAAUAGAAGAAAAACAGAUCAAAAUUGAUAAACUGUCAGCAUCUAUUGAUGAGCAGUUAUUGGCAGUAAAUAACUACAUAAGGGAAAAGUAAUGUACCGGUAUACAUGUAAGAUGUUAUCCAUGGAAGAAAUUCUGUACAUCAAAUAUCAAUAAAGUUGGAGGAAUGUUUAUCAAUGCUUUGGCAUGAACAAAAUGUAGUUUAGUCCUCUCUUUGGAUUUUGUUAACCUUUUUAAUUCUACUUGAACAAAUGUGGAAUUCCUUUAAUAUUUUCUAUAGGAAAUGUUUAUUUUACAUUCUGUAUAAUAUUAACAAUGCGAAAUUUAAAUCUUGACACGGUACAUAGCCCAGACUUUUUAUCACCAUAUCAAAUAUCAAAAUUCAAAAAUAUUUUUUAUCACUUGGUGGCAUUUCUUAGCAGUAUUCCAGGGUCUCUUGUUGAACUCACAAAUUUUUCCACUUCUCAAGAUAUGAAGUCCUAAAACUCAGAAUCCUAUGGGAGAAUGGUGGGAUUUUCAGUCCCACCAACUAUACCACGUUUCUCCAAUGGGAGAAAAAAAAAUGUCAGGAUAUUUUUUCCUAGGGUUUUUUUCCUCCCAAAAAUUUGUUCAAAUGGGAUAAAUCCCAGGGAUUUCAACAAUGAAUUGUUUUUCAAAUACAUUGUUAUAUAUGGUACAUUUUCUAUGUAUUAUGAUAAGAAAUCUGUCAUUGUCAUACUGUAUGGGAUAUAUUUCAUGUUUCACAGUGAAUUGGAAAAAUUGUUUGAUUGUCAACAUCCCUGGGUUUUAUCCUAUUUGAACAAAUUUGUGGGAAAAAAAUCCCAAUGGGUGAAAAUAUCCCAUCUGACAUGUUUUCUCCUUUGGGUGAUUCUCACCAUUCUCUCAUGUAAUUCUGGCUUUUAGGACUCCGUAUCUUUAGAAGUUGAGAUGUUUUGGGGCUCAUCAUAACACCCUGGAAUACUGCCAAGAAAUCUCUACGAGUGAUACGAAAUAUUUUUGAUAUCACAAUGAGAAAUGGUAGUAAAACGUUGAACUAUGUCGUGACCAGAGUAAAAUGUUGUACUGUUAUAUUGUCCCUUAUGUAUAAUUUGUAACAAACACAGAUUUCUCAUAGUGAAAUGUUCCUUUUUUAAAUAUUCCAUUUAUCAGUAUUCACGGGGAUAGAGGAAUGUUCCCCUAUGUAUACAUGUAAUAAUAAUAUUGAAAUGUUCAUAUUUGUUAUAUUGCAUUCAACAAUAUCCAUGGACAAUAGAGGAAUGUUACCCCAUGUAUAAUUUGUAACAAACAUAAAGAUGGUUUUUUUGUAAUAUUUCGUUUGUUAGUAUCUUGGAUGAUAAAGGAAUGUUACCUUAUGUAUAAUAUCUUACUACAAUAUCCUUAUAUGUAACUUCCCGUUUAUUAACUUUUAUGGAUGAUAAGGAAUUUUCCCACAUAUGUUCAAUGUAGCGUAUAGAAGGACAUGUAAAAUAAUUUUUCAUAACUUUUUGUAAAAUUUGGAUGUAGAGGAAUAUUCUUUAGGAUAGAUGAAUGUUCCCCUAGUAUGUAGAAUUUCUAACCAUCAUGAAGAUAUCAAAAUGUUCCUUUUUGUAAUAUUGUGUUAAUCGGUACAUGUAUUCAGGGAGGAAAGUUCACCUAUGUAUAAUUUGUAACAGACAGAAAGAUAUUGAAAUGUUCAUUUUUUAAUACUGUGUUUAUCAGUAUUCAGGGAUUAUAGAGGAAUGUUACCCCAUGUAUAAUUUGUAACAAACAUAAAGAAAUGUUCAUUUUUUUGAUAUUGUGUUUAUAAGUAUACAGGGAUGAUAGAGGAAUGUUCCCCUAUGUAUAAUUUGUAGCAAACAGAAAGAUAUGGAAAUGUUCAUUUUUUAAUAUUGUGUUUAUCAGUAUUCAGGGAGGAUAGAGGAAUGUUCCCCUAUGUAUAAUUUGUAACAAAGAUAUCGAAAUGUUCAUUUUUGUUAUAUUGUGUUUAUCAGUAUUCAGGAAUGAUAGAGGAAUGUUCCCCUAUGUAUAAUUUGUAACAAAGAUAUUGAAAUGUUCAUUUUUGUUAUAUUGUGUUUAUCAGUAAUCAGGGAUGAUAGAGGAAUGUUCCCCUAUGUAUAAUUUGUAACAAAGAUAUUGAAAUGUUCAUUUUUGUUAUAUUGUGUUUAUCAGUAUUCAGGUAUGAUAGAGGAAUGUUCCCCUAUGUAUAAUUUGUAACAAAGAUAUUGAAAUGUUCAUUUUUGUUAUAUUGUGUUUAUCAGUAUUCAGGUAUGAUAGAGGAAUGUUCCCCUAUGUAUAAUUUGUAACAAAGAUAUUGAAAUGUUCAUUUUUGUUAUAUUGUGUUUAUCAGUAUUCAGGUAUGAUAGAGGAAUGUUCCCCUAUGUAUAAUUUGUAACAAAGAUAUUGAAAUGUU